CCAAGACCCCCAGAAGUCUCUGAAGACAGAGAGAGGUGGUGUAUUUCCUGCUUCAUCUAUUCCCUCCAAGCACUCUAAGGUGAUGAACAUGAAAAGCACAUACUUUGUCGCUGGAUUGCUUUUAAUGAUUAUCCAAAGCAGCUGGCAAAGUCCCCUCCAGGAAACAGAAGAGAAAACCAGAUCAUUCAAAGCUUCCCAGGCUGAACCAUUAGAUGACUCUAGACAGCUGAAUGAAGUGAAACGGCAUUCACAAGGUACAUUCACCAGCGAUUACAGCAAGUUCUUGGACACGAGACGAGCUCAAGAUUUUGUACAGUGGUUAAUGAACACUAAAAGAAGCGGACAACAGGGACCUGAAGAAAAAGAGAAAGAAAGUCUUCUGGACCAGCUCUCAAGCAAUGGACUUGCCAGGCGUCAUGCUGACUAUGAGAGACAUGCUGAUGGCACCUACACCAGUGACAUCAGCUCUUACUUGGAAGGUCAAGCAGCCAAGGAUUUCAUCGCUUGGCUCAUGAAUGGACGAGGAAGAAGAGAUUUCUCAGAAGGAGGAGCUGGCACAGUUGAAGAAGUCGGCCGAAGACACGCAGAUGGCACUUUCACCAGUGAUUACAACAAACUCCUGGAUGACUUGGCUACCCAAGAGUUUUUGAAGUGGCUGAUCAACCAGAAAGUGACCCAGAGGGAUGUGUUGGGAGAAUACCAGUAAAAGAGCGGGAGAAAUCAGGCAUCUUGAAUCAAGGUCUUCACUACAUCCACUACCAGCUGGUGGGGAUUUUUUUUAGGCAUAACAUCCUGUACCCUCAAGCCACACAGCUUAGCAUGCCAGGAAAUGGGUUGCGCUGUCUUGUCCUGCUAGGAAAGGAUUCGCUAGGAAAUGUGCCCUCAAAAGUUGGACACAGCCAAAAUAACAGGUUUAUUGGCUUAAAGUUCUGUAUUUUUAGAGCUUUUUGUUUAUUUUAAGAAGAUCUCCCAAAGGCCCCCAAAUUACUGUGUUUACAUUUAGCAGUGCUAUUUUUCCCCCCUGAUGAAGAUUGUGUACAUAGAAAUGAGACAAAUGCAAAAUAUGAAAACAGCAAGAACUGUAAAGAAUGGCAGCUAAGACUGUGUGGAAAUUUCCUUCUUGAAACCUUUGUUAUAAAAAGGCUCCACUUUCCAGACAUCGGUAAAAUAAAAAUAAAAAAAUC